AUGUGACAACCUCAUGCUCUACAACUUCCACUUCAGUUGAAGUAGAUACAACCUCAACCACGGAAGCACCUAGCUGUACCACUUGCAUUCCAGAUGUGACAACCUCAUGCUCUACAACUUCCACUUCAGUUGAAGUAGAUACCGCAGAAACAGAAGUUAAUCUUCCUUCCCCUUCAACUCUCGGAGAACUCAGAAAAUGUGAUAAUUGGCGAUGGAAAAAUGUGAUAUUAAAAUCUAUAGUGAUAUUGUUAAUUUUUAGCUUUUUUUUAUGGAUACUCUUUUGGAAAGCAUCUGAAGAAAAUUCAUUCAAUAAAUCUAAAAAUCCGGAUCUAAUUAUUGCCAAACAUGGAGCUGUUGCUUCGGAAAUUGUUAAUUGUUCACAAUUUGGUGUAGAUGUUCUUAAAGAAGGCGGUAAUGCUGUUGACGCAGCCAUAACAACUCACAUUUGUGUUGGAACUAUAAAUGUUUAUGCUGCUGGUGUCGGAGGAGGUGGUUUUAUGCUAGUCCGCCGUCCUUCAGGUUUUGCGGAAGUAAUUGACUUUCGAGAGGUAGCACCAGCCAAAGCUACUCGUGAUAUGUUUGUCAAAAACCCUGCGGGUGAAGCUCGUGGACUUAAAUUAGCGCACGAUAGACACGGCAAAUUACCAUGGAAAAGGCUUCUUGAACCAUCGAUUAAACUCAGUCGUGAUGGAUUUCCUAUUCCUAAGGAAUUGGGUAGUCGUAUAAAGAUGUAUAAAAAGGAAAUUGAACAAAAUCAACCACUUUGUGAUAUUUUCUGUGAUGACAAAAGACAAAUAUUGAAUGAAGGAGAUAUUAUCUUUCGUAAGAAUUAUUCCCAAACAUUAGAAACCAUUGCAGAGAAUCCUAAUGAUUUCUAUGAGGGAUCAAUUGCCAAAUCCAUAGCUUCCGAGAUUCAACGACAAGGUGGUUUAAUAACUUUAGAAGAUUUAAAGAAUUAUAAACCAGUUAUUCGAGAACCACUUGUAGGUCAUUAUCAAGGCAAGAAGUUUAUAACCACACCAGAGCCGGGUAGUGGAACUAUCUUAUUAUUUUUAUUAAAUGUAUUAGAAGAAUUUAAAUUUCACAAGAAAGGAAGGAAUAAAUUUAAUGUUCAUAGAAUGAUAGAAGCAUUCAAAUUUGCAAUUGCAAGACGUACAGAAUUGGGUGACAUAGCAUUUUUUGAAAAUAAAACAGAACAUUUAGAACGUAUCAAAGAAAUAAUUUCAAAGGAAUACGCAGCUGAAAUUAGAGCAAAUAUUUCCGAUCAUGAAACAUUCGACACCUCAUAUUACAACCCUUUGUAUGCUCCCAAAGAAGAUCAUGGCACAACUCAUAUUUCAGUUGUAGAUGUUAAUGAAAUGGCUGUUAGUAUGACUGCCACUAUUAAUUAUUUCUGGGGAUCACAAGUAAUGGAUCCAGUUACUGGAAUUUUGUUUAAUAAUCAAAUGGAUGAUUUCGCUAUUCCAAUACCACCUUCCGUUGAUCGUUUCUGGCCUGCUCCUCAUAAUUUUAUCGUUCCGGGUAAAAAGCCAAUGUCAUCAACUAUGCCUACAAUAGUUGAACGUGCCAAUGGUAAAUUUGAGAUGGCAAUAGGUGGUAGUGGCGGUACUCGUAUUAUGUUGGCUGUUACUCAGACAUUAUUAAAUAUCUAUGAAUUUGAUAUGAAUGUUUUGGAUGCUAUUGAUUAUCCAAGAUUUUAUCAUCCAUUAUUGCCAAAUGAGUUAUUCGUUGAAUCCGGAUACCCAUUUGAAAUAUUAGAACAUCUAGUCAAUGUUGGGCAUGUGGUUAAAAUUCAUCAUAUUACACAUCGUGAAUAUGGAUGUCAAGUACAAUGUGUUAGAAAAUUUGUUAAUGGAUCUAUUCAUGCUGCUAGCGAUUUCAGAAAAAGCGAUUUUGAAAAUGUUGGUCAUUGUUUGUUGGAAAUGCCUUCUGGUACAGGAAAAACUGUAUCAUUAUUAUCAUUAAUUGUUUCAUAUCAAAUGUUUUACCCAGAAAAAAGGAAAUUGAUUUAUUGUUCACGGACAGUACCAGAAAUAGAGAAAGUAUUGGCCGAACUUCAAAAUCUUAUGAAAUACCGAAAAUCUCGUGGAUUAAAUGAAAGAUUUUUAGGAUUUGAAAAAUGGGGAAAAGUAUUGGAUGCCAAAUGUAGAAAUCUCACAGCUUCUUGGAUAAGGGAUAAAGCGGAUUUAUAUCCCAGAGAAGAAGUUCCUUUAUGUGAUUUUUAUGAGCAAUUAGAUAAAGAAGAUACAGAUGAAUUAUUGCCAGAUGGAGUUUAUACACUUGAAGAGUUACGAGAUUAUGGCAAAGAAAAUGAUUAUUGUCCAUAUUAUUUGUCAAGAAGAAUGAUUAAUUUAGCAAAUGCAGUAAUUUAUAGUUAUCAUUAUCUACUUGAUCCGAAAGUAGCAGAAUUGGUUUCAAAGGAAUUAUCUAAAGAUUGUAUAGUCGUAUUUGAUGAAGCACAUAAUAUAGAUAAUGUUUGCAUUGAAUCUCUGAGCAUUGAUCUUACAAAGCCAAAUUUAGAUGCAAGUGCCAGAAGUAUAACUGAACUUUCAAAAAAAAUAGAAAAAAUUAAAGAACGUGAUAAAGAAAAAUUAGAUGAAGAGUAUACUAAAUUAGUUGAAGGAUUAAAAGUAGCCAGUCAAUCUCGAGAUGAAGAUAUUUUUAUGGCCAAUCCUGUUCUACCUGAUGAUAUAUUAAGAGAAUCUGUACCAGGGAAUAUUCGUAAAGCUGAACAUUUUGUGACCUUUAUGAGACGUUUUAUAGAAUAUCUUAAAACUAGAAUGCGAGCUCAACAUGUGGUAGCUGAGUCACCAAUUUCUUUCCUUCAACAUUGUAGAGAAGUAACUUAUAUCGAAAGAAAGCCUUUAAGUCAAAGAUUGAUUUCUUUAGUUCGUACUUUGGAGUUAACAAAUCUUGAUGAAUAUUAUGCAUUACACAAAGUUGCAGCAUUUGCUACUCUCGAUUCAGCAAUAAAACCUGUCUUUGAUAGAUUUAAAACUGUAGUAAUUACAUCAGGUACAUUAUCACCUCUUGAUAUGUAUCCAAAGAUGUUAUCCUUUACAGCAGCCGUUCAAGAAAGUUACUCAAUGACUUUAACCAGAAACUGUUUCUUGCCACUGAUAAUUACAAGAGGAAGUGAUCAAGUUGCUAUCAGUUCUAAAUUUGAAGUAAGGAAUGAUCCUGCAGUAGUUCGUAAUUUUGGACAAAUUCUUGUUGAAUUCUCAAAGAUUGUACCAGAUGGAAUUGUUGCAUUCUUUCCAAGUUAUUUAUAUAUGGAGUCAAUAGUUUCUAUGUGGCAUGAUAUGGGAAUUUUAAAUGAAGCAUGGAAACAUAAAUUAAUAUUUAUGGAAACUCCCGAUGCAGCAGAAACAAGUUUAGCAUUAAUGAAUUAUAGAAAAGCUUGUGAUAAUGGUCGUGGAGCUAUUUUAUUAUCUGUUGCGCGUGGUAAAGUUUCUGAAGGUAUAGAUUUUGAUCAUAAUUAUGGUCGUGCGGUCAUAAUGUUUGGUGUUCCUUAUCAAUACACUGAGAGUAGAAUAUUGAAAAAACAUAAAAUACGUGAAAGUGAUUUUCUGACAUUUGAUGCUAUGCGUCAUGCUGCUCAAUGUGUUGGAAGAGUUAUAAGAGGAAAAACUGAUUAUGGACUUAUGAUUUUUGCUGAUAAGAGAUUUGGUAGAAUGGAUAAACGUAGUAAACUUCCAAAAUGGAUAAAUCAGUAUAUAACCGAGACUGCGAUAAAUUUAUCAACUGAUAUGGCUUUAGUAAUUGCUAAAAAAUUUCUUAGAUCAAUGGCACAACCGUUUGAACAUGGAAUUAGUUUGUGGUCAUUGGAAGAUAUUGAAUCUAAAUAUGAUCAAAAUGUUGUUAAAAAUGGAUUCUCUAAUAGAAGAAUCAGUCUAAAAGAUUAA